AUGAAGGAUAGUCCUGGAAGAGGUGAUGAGAGCACAUUGAGUUUGCUGGAGCGUGGCGAAAGUGAAGGAUCUGGAGCUACACCCUGGCUCUUACGACGCGAGGGGCGGCAACAGGAGCAAGCGGAAGAUAUCAGGAAAGAUGGCAAGACUCAGGCGGCCGAGGAGCCACCUUGCGAACAGGAGCGACCACCAAGUGGGCUCAAUGCAGCUAGUCGUGCGGCUGAACUGCACACAUCGGAGGAGCUGCGCUGGUGCAUCUUGGGCACCGUUAUCUUUGUCCUAGCGGUGGUUUGCUUGGGCUUCGUCACACGAGCUGUGCCAGUUCAUCGCUUGAGUAGGGUGGCUGACCUGCACCAUGCGGUGACUCAUGGAGGACCUGUGGAUGUGGCAGCUGCACGACCCCCAUUGUUUGACCAGCCAGAUUGCUUCACAGAGAAUCGCUAUCUUUGGGAACCGGCCAAGAAACUUUGGUGCUGUCGGGAGGCCAGGACCCAUGGGAGGACACCACAUUUUGAUUCAGAACAUUUUGGGUUUUGA